AAUGAAUGAAGAAGUUGAGUACAAUGAGCUUCAUCCUCACCUUCCAAGAAGAGUUACAAGAGGAUAUGGAAAAGAAUUUAAAGAAGAACCAGAUAAUGUUCUUCAAAAAGAGGAUAUUGAUUUAUUACUAAAACCGACUAUUAACAAAGAUUUAAAGCAUAUGAGAUACCUUCAAGCAGAAAUACCUCAAAUAAAAGAGUCAUUACCUCUUGUGCAAGAAUUAACUGAAAAAUCCGCAAAUAGAGAACCCCCAGAAGCGAUUUAUGACUUCAAACAAGUCUGGGACCCAUCAAGAAUUAGUGAAGAAGACCUUGAAUUUUAUCUCAAAUAAAGCUCAUUUCUUCUUCUCAAGUGUUUAUAAAGAGUUUGAUAAUGGACUUCUGACUCAUCCCACAAAGGUAUUAACAAGCAUAGAUAAAAAGAAAGCUUCCAAGCUCAAGUAUCCUGUAGAUACCAAAAAGUUCACUUACAGUAAUAGAUUAGAGGAAGUAUUCAUUGACAUUUUAUCAAUUGCCGAUUAUUCCAUCAAGAAAGCUUUGCUAGCAAUUGCUACCAAACUAGCAUAUGAUUUGUUCAAGAAAGCAUAUAAUGAGAUGCUUGGAAGCGACCUCCAUUUUGACAAAACUAGAAAAUACUCUAAAAGAGAUAACUCUUAG